AUUGUACAGGUGUGCUCGGCUCAGCCCACACUACAGGUGGAGGUCGAGCCUGUUAACGUAAAUAACGAAAGUUACAGAAAUAUCGAGGAUGUAGGCCUACUUACUGUUAUUUGAAGUUAUAAUCACCCGAGUGGCGGCUGUGUUGUAUCAGCAGCAGCAGAAGGAUGACAUGACUGAUGCAGCAGAGAGCAAAGUCAACAUGGAGGAUUUUUUCAAAACGGUGGGGGAGGUGAGAAGCCUCAUUGAAAAAAUUUCCUGUCAAGCAGAGGAGGUGGAGAGAAUACAUGGCGUCAUCCUCUCUUCUUCAAACCAAGACAAGAGAUACAAAGACGAGCUGGAACUGCUGAACAAUGAGGCCAAGAAGAAUGCCAGCUUGGUCCAAGCCAAAUUAAAAGCAAUGCAGGAUAACUCGCCUGUGGAUGACAACUGCAUAGGUGCCUCAGUGAUCCAGCGUAUUCAGAGGAACCAGCACUCACACCUGACUCGGUGGUUUGCUGAAGUCAUGAGGGGCUACCAUAAGGCACAGAUCUCCUUCAGAGAUAAAUGCAAAGCACAAAUUCAGAGACAACUGGAGAUUGUGGAUAAAGUGACCACAGACGCAGAGUUGGAGGAGAUGCUGAAUUGUGACAAUCUUGCCAUUUUCAUAUCUGAUAUCAACGCUGAUGCUCAGACUUCAAGCCGUGCUCUGAGUGAGAUCGAGUGUCGUCAUCAGGACAUCAUCUGCCUCGAGUCGAGCAUCAAAGAGCUGCAUGAGAUUUUUGUUGACACCGCCAUGCUGUUGGAGAUUCAGGGGGAGUUGAUCAACAACAUAGAAAAGAAUGUGACGAGUGCUGCAGAGUAUGUAGACAUGUCCAAAGCAGAAACCAACAAAGCAGUCACGUACAAGAAAAACCCACACAAGAUAGCAUCUCUCCCGAGCUUCUUCAAACCCUUCAAGAGGCGAACAGCUGCUAAAACUGGUAGUGAUCAAAACACCUCAGACUUAAACCAUGACUGAGCUCCUGAAGCUGUUUUAACAUCAACUGCACCAAACAUUCUGAUCAACAUCAAAGCCAGAUGGAAAAAUACUUUUCAUCUGAUUUAUGGCGCAGUGUCUGUCUGCCCCCUCAAAUCCCAUGUUUCUAAAAGGAUAAUGAGGAAUGUGUUAUUUUAACUUCAGUGAUUUUGAAUACAAAUCUGCCAUAUCUUGCCAAGGACACAGCCACAAAAAUGAAUCAUAAUUUUAACUUAUUUGUCAUAUGUUUACAGACUCUAAAUCCUGAGACUUUAGGUUUCAGACAUAGUUAAAACCACAAAAUUGCUCCAUUUACAUUGCAUUAAUUAAAUUGUUUAACACAAACUAACAGAAUUGAUUGUCACAAUUAGCCAGUGUUCCCCUUGGUGGCCAGUAGGUGGCAGAACAACAUUAGAAGUCUGAACCAAGGUCAGUUGUCCCUCAUCUCUGCAGUCCUGCCGAUCUGUUUAUGGUGCUUUGUUGUCUGUGUGUGCUGUCUGUGUUUUUUUAAUUCAAUAUAAUAUUGUCUAAUACUGUAAAAGAACUGACUAUAAACUGUAAGACUAUGCCUACAGUGUCAAUAAAAAAUAUUCACCUA